AUGAAGUAUUUUAAGGUAGACUGGCUAAAACAAGAAGGCUUCGGGGGCGCCUAUAUUUGGGCUCUCGACUUCGAUGAUUUCACAGGCAAAAAAUGUGACACUGGUCCAUUCCCCUUACUGAAGACUGUGAAAGAUACACUUGAAAAGGAAGUGAUAUUUUGGGUAAAAAAUUUGCUAAAAUUUAUGACAUCAAAACCAACAAUGACAAAAACAGAAUCAGCGACAUCAGAAAAUCAAUUUUCACCAUUAACAACAGUAGAAGUAACGACGUUAUCGACGCUUAAAGCUGAAAUAAAUUCAACCGUAGAAGCAACGACAAGUAUAAAUAAAGUAAUUGAAAAACCUCAUAUUCCAUCAGAUGAACGAUGCUUAACUUCUGAAGGAACAUUUCCUGAUUCGGAUAAUUGUCGUCAACUGGUCAAAUGUUUGAAUGGUCAGUUGUUAGCAGUAUUGUUAUGUGCACCUGGCACUUUUUACAAUGAUACACUCAAAGCUUGUGACAGUUUGAAGAAUGCACCUAAGACUUGCAAAUAA